CUCAGGUUGCCCAGGCUAGCCUGAAGUUCCCUCUGUCGCUGAGAAUAACCUCGACCUCCUUGACCGGCUGCAAGGUGGAGUGGCAGGUGUGCACCAACAACAUGCCUUCUGCAUACUGGCGGAGCCCUCUACCCCACCGAGCUACUGAUGACUCUAGUCUGAAUCACUCUGAACUCACAGCAAUCCUCCUGCCUCAGCUUCCCAGCCGCUAGAGUGAGAGGUGUGAGCCUUUAAAGGGCUUGGAGCAGCUCUGGGACACCCUUUGCCUCCGUGGUCAGUGUGAAGGCCAAGGCAAGGCUGAAGAGACCAGAUGGCAACCUCAUUGUCAGGCCCAGCCUAGACUUCCAGACACUCCAGGUGGAGACCCCAGAGGAACACGGACACCUGGAGGUGUCCACCUUAGUCACCUCCAGAACAUGCCCCUGGGCCACAGUCUGUGACCCGACCCCACUGUGGGCUGCUCUUCCUAGACAGCUGUCUGGUUCCCAGAUGGGAUAGGGCCUGCCCCCGGCGGCCACCCCCGCGCAGGCCCGGGCCCUGCGCCUAGGGGACACGUCCGUCCCGCCGCGCCCCGCCCCGCCCGCCGCCGGCCCCGCCCGCCUUGGGCUUUUAUAGGCCGAGGCGCCCGCACUCCCUGAGUCCCCGCUGCUGCCCCACACUCGCCAUGCGUCCUGGGGCACUGUGGCCGCUGCUUUGGGGAGCCCUGGUCUGGGCGGUGGGAUCCGUGGGCGCCGUGAUGGGCUCGGGGGAUUCCGCGCCCGGCGGUGUGUGCUGGCUCCAGCAGGACAGAGAGGCCACCUGCAGCCUGGUGUUGAAGACGGGCGUCAGCCGAGAGGAGUGCUGCGCUUCCAGCAACAUCCACACGGCCUGGUCCAACUCCACUCACCCAGGCAAUAAAAUCAGCCUGCUGGGCUUCCUGGGCCUCGUCCACUGCCUCCCGUGCAAAGAUUCCUGCGACGGAGUGGAGUGCGGCCCCGGCAAGGCGUGCCGCAUGGUGGGGGGCCGUCCACACUGCGAGUGCGCACCCGACUGCGCGGGGCUUCCCGCGGGCUUGCAGGUCUGCGGCUCUGAUGGCGCCACCUACCGGGACGAGUGCGAGCUGCGCGCCGCGCGCUGCCGCGGACACCCUGACCUGCGCGUCAUGUACCCGGGCCGCUGCCAAAAGUCCUGCUCUCACGUAGUGUGCCCGCGCCCCCAGUCGUGCCUUGUGGACCAGACUGGCAGCGCGCACUGCGUGGUGUGUCGCGCUGCGCCCUGCCCGGUGCCUUCCAGCCCCGGCCAGGAGCUCUGUGGCAACAACAACGUUACCUAUAUCUCCUCCUGUCACCUGCGCCAGGCCACCUGCUUCCUGGGCCGCUCCAUUGGGGUUCGACACCCGGGCAUCUGCACAGGUGCCCCCAAAGUACCGCCAGAGGAGGAAGAGAACUUCCUGUGAGCUGCAGCAGCUGGUGUUUGAGGCCGUCCCAAUUUUAUUUAUUGUCACAGAAAAGAUUCUAAUUUAUGUCAUGUGGACGUUCCCCAAACCUGGCCUGGAACCACUUGUGGAUCCCCUAGGAUCCUGAGCACGUAUCACAAAGGACUGAAGGGAGAUUUUUAUCAGAGUUGGUAUGUGCCAUCACCAGGUACUGGGAUCAAGUGAGGACCCCAGACACCUGCUGCCCAGGGAGGGCGGCUUCAUGGAGACCCCUGCCUUGAUCUCUCCGCCUGCUUUCUAGGCUGGAGCUGAGUCUCAGGGCACAGUCGAUGGUAGCUGUGUCCUCCUCAACUGCUGUUCCCACGGGGCCUCCGGGCCUCAGAUGGGGGGGAGGCAGGCAGCGUCAUCCCGAAACACUGGGUUCCUCCCUGUUGACUCCACUUAGAGUGGGACCCGGUGGGAACCUGGCUGACUGGGGAGUCUGUGGACACCAGAAUCAGCUCUUACCCAGGGCCCAGCCAGCGCCAUUCAUCACCGAGCCCGGUAGCAGGUGGUGACAUCAGCCAGGUACUGUUUGGGGUGGUACCCUUCACUCUGACAGCUGCCACUCAAAAUUACCCACGUGUGCCUUGAAGGAGACCAAGAAGAAGGGGGAGCUGUGGCGCAGCGGUUAGAGUGCUUUCCCAGCAUGCACAAAGCCCUGAGCUCCGUCUCCAGCGCCACAUAAA